AUGGCACCAGAACCAACAACUCUUCUCCCCUCCAACAACUUGUUCCCAUUAAACUCAUAUAGUAAAGCGAUCCCCACGGUAGGAUCAUAUUCAUAUUUGCCCACAAUAUCAUCAUCAUCAGCAAAAAAUCGUCCUUCUUUGGGAACUACUUCUGUCUCCAAAUCAAGUCCCCCGCCAUCUAACGUUGAACUUAAACGUCAUCAGUGUAAAGAGCAAAAGAAGUUUUAUGAAAAGCAUAUAAAAAUACUUGAGCUUGAACUCCGUCAUCUCAAAGAACAAGAAGAAUUACUUGAUGGUAGUUCGGCUUCUUCCAACGCACCUCUUUCUCCAGCAAUAAAUGAUACCCGGGCUCGUUCCAACACCAUACCAGUAUCAUCCCGAUCUGUACCAAUUUCAAGGCGCAACUCAAAUAAUCAACCAGAUAAACCCAUGUUGCCGGAAAUUGAAAAGCUGAAUCUUGAUUUUGCCUGUACAUCUAAAGGAAAAGGAUCUCUUCCUCAUAUACUUGAAUCAAAGGCUGUUAAUUCGUCUAAUCAUGAUACUACUUCUUUGUUUCCUCAAUUUAAUGGAAAUUUUUUGCUUGAUGACGAGGGUGAGCCUUCAACUGAAUUAAAUAAACCAAAUUCAUCAUCAUCAAAUAUCCGUCGUUAUCUUCAAAUGCAUUCGGAUGAUGACAAGUUUCCAAUAUUGGUUCGUCGUGAUAGUUUUCCGGGAAUGUUGUCUGCAUCUUCAGCGGCUCUUGAUUUGGCUCCGUUACCUCAAAGUCCUUCCCGUAAUCGAGGUUUGGAUUCUAUACGGAACAAUGAUUUGUUAUCGCACCAACUCCAGUCAUGUGGAUUACCCAAUGAUUUACCAACAUCACGUGUUCAUCUUGAAAAAUUAGUUCCGAUCUUUGACUCGGCUGUUGCAUCAAAAAAUAAUACCGUUACCAUUGCACCUUCCAAUAAUACAACUUCUAUUGCAAACAAUUCUUCUAAUGGUUUAAUAAAGUAUGAAAGUAGAAAAAAAUUGGACAAUUUGGUGUCAGACAAUUCAACCAAUAAGCCAAGAGUCCCCAAACUUUCAAAUUCGAAUCCCGAUUUAGCUAGCGCAUCUAGAUUAUUUGGUCGUCCAACUACCACAUUCAAUAAUCAGGCAGCUAAUGAGAUAUUGGGUGAAACCGAAAAUCAAAUUACAUCUCAACCUUCUAGCGAUCUUAAUGGUAAUGGUGUAUGUAGAUUUUUCCAACAAGGAUUCUGUUCCCGAGGUGAAAGAUGUCAAUACGCUCAUACUCACGUUUACAAUGGUGGCGUGGCACCAGUAAGCAUGGCUCAGAUGAAUAAUUACCCCGGAGCUACCGCACCAAUCAAUAAUGCAGCUUCCUUAUACGGACAAUACGGAAUUGUGUUUCCAGGAGCUUCCGGAUAUGGUUAUAAUCAAAAUGCUGCUCUUAAUAUGGCUUCGUUAAAUACCAGAUCUACGAUGCAAACUAAUACUGUAGCUAUUCCCAAAAUAAAUCAUAAACGAUCAAGCACUGAUCUUGAAGCCAAUCGAUUCGCAGGUGUAUUAUUAGAUGACUUGGUGGGUGAAAUAUAUUCCCUUUGUAAAGAUCAACAUGGCUGUAGAUUCUUGCAGAAGAAACUUGAGGAAAAGAAUGACAGAUAUCUUAGUAUUAUUUUCAACGAAGUUUUUAGUCACUUUGUUGAACUUAUGACAGAUCCUUUCGGUAAUUAUCUUUGCCAAAAAUUACUCGAGUACUGCAACGAUGAUCAACGUACAAUAAUUGUCGAGACGGUUGCCCCAGAAUUAGUAAAUAUUUCACUUAACAUGCACGGUACCCGAGCUGUCCAGAAAAUGAUCGAAUUUCUUUCAACACCAAAACAAAUUCACUUUGUUAUUGUGGCAUUGAAUCCUAGUGUUGUGACGUUAAUCAAAGACUUAAAUGGCAAUCAUGUCAUUCAAAAAUGUUUGCAUCGUUUGAGUUCUGAGGAUAAUCAAUUCAUAUAUAAUGUCGUCAGCCAGAAUUGUAUUGAAGUUGCUACACACCGUCAUGGUUGUUGUGUUCUACAAAGAUGUAUUGAUCACGCUAGCGAAUCCCAGAAAGCUCAACUUGUCACAGAAAUUACAUAUAACGUGCUCACUUUGGUACAAGAUCCUUAUGGUAAUUACGUUGUACAAUAUGUUUUGGAUCUUGGGGACGCUCGAUUUACAAAUGCUUUGAUUCGAAAAUUUAUUGGAUGCGUUUGCAUGUUGUCUCAACAGAAAUUCAGUUCAAACGUUAUUGAAAAGUGCAUUAGAGUUGCAGAACCAAAGACACGCAAGUAUCUUAUUGAAGAAAUGCUUAACAAGAGUAAGCUCGAUAAGUUAUUGCGUGAUUCUUUCGCGAAUUAUGUAGUACAAACAUCUCUCGAUUACGCAGAUCCCGUACAACGCGUUCAGCGUAUUCAAGGAAAACUUCAACGUGAACAGAUGCAAACUUGGACCACAAUAAAUAAUAUUAAUAUGAAUAUGUUAAGACUUCCGGUUAAUGGGUUGUCCAAUUUUAGCAACAUUGGUAUGGUUGGCGUAAACGAUUUUGCACAAGGUUACCCGUACUUUUGA